AUGUUCUUCAAAGUUGAUAAGCUCAAAGAAUUGACUUAUAUCGCACGUAUAAGGACUAGUGAUGUCACUACUACUACUACUACUACUACUACUACUACUACUACUACUACUACUACUACUACUACUACUACUACUACUACUACUACUACUACUACUACUACUACUACUACUACUACUAGUACUACUACUACUACUACUACUACUACUACUACUACUAGUACUACUACUACUACUACUACUACUACUACUACUACUACUACUACUACUACUACUACUACUACUACUACUACUACUACUACUACUACUACUACUACUACUACUACUACUACUACUACUACUACUACUACUACUACUACUACUACUACUACUACUACUACUACUACUACUACCAUUACUACUACUGAUGAGAUUUUUCCCUAA